AUGUCUGGCGCAAUUUCUACUAAUUCUCCCCCUUCCAAGACCAAGAAGAACCGCGAUAAAGAAAAGGGGAAGAAGGAGAAGGCUCUAUUGCAAGCUGCACCCGCCGAACGCCUCAAAACCGUUGUCCGAAGGCUUCCUCCCAAUCUACCCGAGGAGAUAUUCUGGCAGAGCGUGCAGACAUGGGUCACAGACGAGACCGUGAUCUGGAAGACUUAUUGUCCAGGGAAGUUGAGGAAACGUCUGAAUAAGGAGAAUGUCCCAUCUCGCGCUUAUAUUGCCUUCAAGACUGAAGAACAAGUGUCGGAAUUUGGCCAGGAAUUUGAUGGCCAUGUAUUCAAAGACAAAGCUGGGAUCGAGUCUCAAGCUGUGGUGGAAUUUGCACCAUACCAGAAGGUACCUACGGAGAAGAAGAAACCGGAUGCGAGGAUCGGUACUAUUGAGAAAGAGUCCUUGAAUGCAGCUAACAAUGCUGAACCUGUUUCCGUUGAGGCACUUUUGGCCUCUACGCAACCAGCUCCACAGCCCAAGACCACGGCUCUGCUGGAGGCAUUAAAGGCAGAGAAGAGCGCGGUUAAGGAGAAGGAAAUCAUUCCUCGCAUUCAGAUAAAGGAAUCGGUAAACGGCAAGAAUGAUCCCAAGAAGAAAGGUGGCCCGACAAACCAGAAGCCGGUCGAAACAUCGAAGAAGGGUGCUUCAAAGGCUCCUCCUCCAGCGCCGGCCCUCAUGGCGAAUGCAAACCAGAAGAAUGCACCGAAAGGUGCCGCCGCGUCUUUCAACGCAUCAGCGAAGGCUCCCAAGGCUCCCAAAGCGACGCGCAAUCAACCAGUCCAGCAACCUCCGAAGGUUCCUACAGCUCUCAACACCUCUGUGACUCCUUCUGUUGGUGAAAACUCUCCAUCGACAAGUAUUGCUCAGUCUCCUCCCUCUCCUGCGGCUAGUACCCGUCGUGCUCGGCCUAUCAUCGGGCUGGGGUCCAGGCACUUUGAGGCAGCUUUGAAUGGGGCUGGUGUAGCACCCGGUGAGCGGCGUACCCGCCGUGGGGAGAAAGAGAAGGAAGCUGAGACUAGCAAAGGGCCGGCUGAGCAGCGCGAGGUCAAGGGAAGGCCGGUCUCCCCGAAGAAGGAGAGAGGUGGAAGACGCGGUGCCCCAGUGAAUGGAGGUGAAGCCUCUGUAAAAGUUCCCAGCAUCUUGAAGCGGGAUUCUCCUGAAGCGGUAACUCUGAAUAUCAACGGGAAUGAAGGGGUGGAAGGGAGUCCUGUUAUCGUGAACAAGCUGGAAAAGGGCAACCCGGCUAAUGAUAACCAUUCCCUCCCGGCUUCAGUCAUGCCGAAUAUCGUUCUUGGCCGUGGUGGUGGCCGACGAGGAAGAGGCAGGGGCCGUGGCGCGUUCUUUCCUGGCAUACGUGGAGGAUGA